CUUAAUCUCUCUCUCCUUUCUCCAAAGCUGUUCGUGGCGGCGAUGUCGGGAACUUUCCAUUUGAAUUCUAAUUACGUCUCUGGUUACACACUUGUAGACAGUAGGUGGUUCUCUAACUCUGCUGUUUCUAGAAAAACACCUGCUACAACAUUACCUUGCUCUUCCUGUCUAGAUCACAAGCUAAACGGGCGUCUGAAAUGUGCUGCUGAUGGUAGUUCUUUUGUUUGCCGAGCGAGUUCUGGUGGCUACAGGAGAAACCCUGAUUUCUCAAGGCUUAAUAAGCAUGGAAGAAACAGGCAAAGCGAAGAUAGAGAUGGUUUUGAUGGUGAAAACUCUGAUAUGUUGUCUUCAAGAAAUGGGUCUUUACUCUCUCUGUCUAACUCCCCAAAGUUCCAAGCUACUUCAUCCCCUGGGCCAAGAGAGAAAGAGAUAGUGGAGCUUUUUAGAAAGGUUCAAGCUCAGCUCCGAGCUCGAGCAGCGGCUAAGAGGGAAGAUAAAAAGGUAGAAGAGGAAGAAGCUUCUAGAGGAGAGGGUAAAGAAAGUGAAACUGUUGAUUCCCUUCUUAAGUUACUGAGGAAGCACUCGGGAGAGCAGAGCAAAAGAGUUAACAAACUUAGCAGCCAGGAAGACAGUUCAUACCCUCCUCAACAGGAAGAUCCUUUAGACAGGAGGCAAGAUCGCAAUAGUGGAAAUAUUGUCAAGUCAUGGAGCAAAGAUCAGAAUGGUUCACCAGCCUUUACCAGGCCAACAUCAAACUUCAGAAGAAAGUCGCCAGUACCUAGAUUUCAAUCACCUCCGACUUAUUCUAGUGAGGCAUCUUAUGAUCAGACAUCGAGUUACAGCGUGACAUGGACCCAUAAGAAGGGUACAUCAGAGUCUCGUGAUGAACCUGAAAGCGAACCUCAGGCUGAGAUUGAGCCUGAGUACGACGAACAUGAACCUGUGACAGCUAUUCUCGAACCAGAAUCUGAGCUGCAGCUAGACGCAUCAUCAUUUUUCCAAGAGGAGGAUGAUAAUGUUACUUUAGGUGUGUUAUCAGAUGAUGAUGAGGAAGAGUCUGUGGAUGAUGCUGAUGAAGAGGUUGAGGAAGAAGCUGUGAAAGACGAGGACUUGAGUACAUUGAAGCUGAUGGAACUGAGAGCCAUAGCAAAAUCAAGGGGACUAAAAGGGUUUUCAAAGAUGAAGAAAGCCCAACUCGUGGAGUUGCUUGGUAGUGACACAAGCUAAACUGACGGCAAAGAAGGAGACCUGACCAACAAUAUGAACAUUUGCUCUUGUUAAUGACACUUAAAAUGAGUUAUUAUCUCUGUGUUUUGGUCGUGAUGUUGUUUUGUUUACUCUGUCGUUUAACUUUUUUCUUUAAAGAUUUUUGGAAGGUUACUCUGAACUAAUUUUGUUACGAGAUGGUGUUAGGACGAUAAUAAGUGUCGCUCACAUCAAACCAAUGAGUCAUAUGAAAGCAC